AUGGAGGAGGUGGAGGUGGGGGCGGAGACGGCGGGGGGCAAGGACCAGACGGAUGGGACGAUGCCUGAGACACAGUGGAAGAGGGUCGAGACAGAGGGGAAGAAGGCAGAGACGGAGACGGUGGGGAGAAAAGAUCUUGCGGGGUCGGCGCGGGAGAAGCAGAGGGGAUUUUUAAAGAAAGAAGAGAAGAGGCCGAAGGUCGAUAAGGAAAGGAUGAAGUUGGAGGCAGAAAAGCACAACAAAGAAGCCAAGAAGCAGUCGCAGGCGCAGGAGAGAAAAUGA